UUGUCAUUCAGUGUUUGAUACAUUCAUAUUACUCUAAAAAUAUCUUUCAAGACUUUUAUAACAAUCAAUAUAAGAGUUAUCAAAUUUUUAUUCCCGUGAAUAAUUGAGAACGAUGAAUUGAGUUCUUUAAAUUAAUUUAGAUUAACAAAUAUUAAAUAUUGAAUGCUUCGAAAUGUGAUUAGCUAUCAUGCCGCAAAUUUGCAAGAGAAACAAUUCGUAUUUUGAUCGUUCACACGUUUAUGCGAGUUCAAAUUGUAUAGUUCCUUAGUUGUCAAGUUAGAGGAGAAGAAAAAUGGCGGAUGAAAACGAGGAUCAGUGGUUGUAUGGUGACUCGACUGACGGGAAAGAAUACACGCCGACGUCCGUUCAACCAGAAAGUCAAGAAAAUGAUUCGAUCUCUACUACGAUACAAGAGAAGUCAGAAACCUUGGAAGAUCAAAAACCAGAAAAUACUCCUGACCCACCGACAGAGGCACCUGAGGAAACAGAGCCGCAAGAGGAAGGCUCUCCUCAAGCCAAUAAUGCUCAGAAUGAAAGCAAUACAGAGAUAAAUAAAAAUGGUGUGAGAGAAGCUUCCAGUCAAGAAGAUGGUGAAGCCGCUAGUGACUCAGAUUCCGAUGACGACGUGCAUGUUGUCAUUGGUGAUAUUAAAUCGACCCCUGCGUAUGGCAGCCUCAAUAUCAAAAGAGGAGGAUUGUUAACAAAUGCGUCAGGCGUACCAGACAAAUUGAACAAGCAACCAGGAAAAUUUAGUAUAGAUGAAUUUGAAACUAUAGGUGUUAUCAAUGGAAUGCCUGCUCAUGAGUUCAAUUUAGACCAAUUAGAAGACAAACCUUGGAGGCAGCCUGGUGCUGACAUUACCGAUUACUUUAAUUAUGGAUUUAAUGAAGAAACAUGGAGAGCUUAUUGUGAAAGGCAGAAAAGAAUGAGAAACGAAUCUGGAGUAGGUUUAAUAUUGAAUGCAGGAGGUGGUGGUGGUAAUACAGGUAGCAUGAGAGUACCUCAAGUUGCAAUUACUAAUGAUAACAGCAAAUAUUCCGGUAUAAUGGGACCAAAGAGGGCAGGACCACCUCCAGGAAGAAAAAUGGCAGGAACGAUAGAUGUAAUUGGUAGUUCAGGCUUGGCUUCUAGAAGAAAUCUUGAUAAAUCUCCGCCGAAAGGGAAUGUGAUACAAGUAAUGACUGCAGAUAGGAGGGAAUACUCUAGAAAACCAGGUUUUCCAGAUAUGAGUGUACCACCUCCAGGAGCAGGAAUGCCUCCUGCAUUUGAUAUGCCUCCUCCUGGAUAUCCAGGAGAACCAGCUCCUUUUUAUAUGCCAGAAACAGACCCAUAUUAUCAAAGCUACGAACCUACACAGGAUAACCAAUGGGGCAAUGAUCCGACGUGGCAACCGACAAAUUUAGCUAUUCCAAUGACAGAAGGAGAAGAUGAUAAAGAUACUGGCCCAAAAACAAUACCAACCAUGGUACCUCCUACAAAUAUCCCUCCCAUAAUGCCAUCCAGAGAUUCUCGAGAUCGCGAAAGAGAUCGGGAAAGAGAAAGAGAUCGCGACAGAGAAUUAGAUCCGAUGGGAAGAGAUAGAGAAAGGGAUAAGGACAGAGAUCGCGAUCGUGAAAGAGAAAAAGAUUCCAUGAUUAGAGAACGAGACAGAGAAAGAGAUUCAAUGUCGCGAGACGAGGAAAGAGAUCGCGAUAGAUCUCGUUCUCAAUAUCGACACAAAGAUCGACAUCGACAUCGAUCGAGGUCGCGAUCUCGUAGACACAAAUCUAGGUCCAGAAGUCCAAGUCGCCGUAAGAAGAAAUCUAGACGCUCCGAAAGGGAACGCUCUAAAGAAGAGAGCGAAUAAAAAUAAGGAAUUAUUUACAAAUGUCCGUGGCCACAUUUGUAUACUGAAUUUAAAAUGCUGAAUCUAUUAACAAUGUAACUUUUCAUAUGUUACUUUCAAGAAUAUGUGUUGGCAUAAUUACGGUACGAACUAACCAGAGAAAAGUACAACAAAGCAUUUUAUCUUAUCCAAGAUUUUCGUAUAGCAUUUCGCGAUUCUUGUUCGUGCAAAGUCUGCAAUUUCUAGCCAACAAAUAAGUUAUAAACAGUAAUAAUAAACUUUAU